UAUUAUUGUUCAGUCGGCUCUGGACUACUGCUGGAUACCUAUUUGAACCGACGACAGCCACCGAAUCGCCACAUACCGAGCUCUGACAUCGAGCAGCAAGGACCGGAAAAUUCGCUUUUCUCGUUCCGUCGCGUGGAUCUCUGACUGUGGAGUCAAUAGUGUGUGGAAAUUUUGGUGCAAAGAAGAAUAAAGUUGUUUGAAUGUUUCAGUUGUGAUAAAUUUGGUGAAAUUGGAAAGCUGCUCUAGUGGAUCCUGUUGAUUCGGGAUCAUCAGUGGAAAAAAAAUCCGCAUUCCUAAGUGUCCUCCUCCCAGACUAAUAAUCACACCAACUUCGGUGCUCAGCGCGUGGUUUGGUGUUGCGUAGCUUGACAUGACAUUGUCUGUUCCCUGCUCACAUGUGGUUAUGUCGCCGCCGGUUGACGCGGUGGUGUAUUGAAUUUCUGUUCGGUGAAGAAUAAGAAGGCACAGGCUUGGAAAAAUAACAGACAUCCGUAUCACCUUGUGUAUUUAUUAGGCAAGGACGAAACGUGCAUUUGCUUGUGGUGUUCUGUUGGUGGAUCAAGGCGUACCCAAAUCGUGUGGGCGAAACGAAGCGUGGAGAGUGAAGGAAGCCCCGUCUCCCCCAGGCCAACCCUGUCCAGCCGAAGGCCUAACCGCGACAAAGUAGCGACCAACCCCGCCCAACCCUUACACCGCACCACCAGCCAGCCAGCCAGCCAUGGAUCUUCAGCAGCAAAAAGUGCACAUCGAAAAGGCACAGAACUUCAUGCGCCAGUACCGGGAUCCGGAGUCACGGGAGCUGAAAAAAUUGUCCGCCAACCAGUUUAUGGACGUUUGGAGCCACUACGAUCGGGAUGGCAACGGCUACAUCGAAGGCACCGAGCUGGAUGGAUUCCUCAAAGAAUUCGUCUCCAGUGCGAAUGCGACCGAUCUGGGCCCCGAGUCACUGACGGACGAGAUGCUGGUCGAGCUCAAAUCCUGCUUCAUGGAGGCAUACGACGACAAUCAGGACGGAAAGAUCGACAUCCGAGAGCUCGCCCAACUUCUACCCAUGGAGGAAAACUUCCUGCUGCUGUUCCGAUUCGAUAACCCGCUGGAAUCGAGCGUGGAAUUCAUGAAGAUCUGGAGGGAAUACGACUCGGACAACAGUGGCUACAUCGAGGCAGACGAACUGAAGAACUUCCUCCGCGACCUGCUCAAGGAAGCCAAGAAGAUAAACGACGUGUCAGAGGAUAAAUUAAUCGAGUACACCGACACAAUGCUGCGAGUUUUUGACGCCAACAAGGACGGACGGUUGCAGCUUUCCGAGAUGGCCAAGUUGCUACCAGUUAAGGAAAAUUUCCUCUGUCGACAAGUGUUUAAGGAGGGCAGAAUCGACGAGGAAGGAGCUGCCAGACUGACGAAGGACGACAUCGAGAAGGUGUUUUCGCUGUACGAUAGGGACAAUAAUGGAUCAAUCGAGAACGAAGAACUUCGAGGCUUCCUAAAAGACCUGCUGGAACUAGUCAAAAAGGACUACGACGCACAGGACCUGAUCGAGUUCGAAGAAACCAUCCUGCGAGGGGUCGGCUACGACAAGGAAGGCAAGAUCUCCCGCAAAGAGCUGACCAUGAUCCUGUUAGCCCUCGCCAAACAGCCCCCAGAGGACGAACAGUAAUAUGGGGAAUGCACUUCUCUCGUUUCGCACCCGCCGCCACCGUCCUCGUCGUCGUCUUCGCUGCGUCGAUCGUCAUCCAGUGGUCACCACCAUCGGCGCUUGUCCAGAGCCGGCUCGCUAACAUCGGCCCUGGCAGUGCACCCAAUCGCCAAGCUGCGAACGAUGCUCGGUUUGGGCCAUCAGCAUCAGCAUGGCAACGGUGGUGUCCAAGGUAACGGUCAUCCGGCGUCGCAACCAUCGACGUCAACGGCGGCGUCACCACUUUCCAAUGUAGAAGAACCACCCGUAGAAGAGGUCGCAGAAGAAACCGCAAGUAGUUCAGAACAUCCACAACAGCAGGAGCAUCCGCAGCAACUGCUCCCGGUAGUCGUAGUGCACGAUAGGGUCCGAGAUUUCUAUCGACGGAUCAUGCGUCGCGGCGGCAAGAAGGAGUAGAUCCAUCGAACAAACACAAGCAUUCCUAGAGCAAAUGCACUGCACACACACACACACACAGCCAACACCAAGCACGCGCAUUCAAAUGUAAUAGCUAAGAAAAGUUUCAAGUUUGAAAUUGACUACUACUCAAAGCCAUCCGGAAGCAGCGGAAAUUGAAGAAGCGAACUUGCGUUGUGCAGACCAAAACCAGCGGGGUUUGAAAACAUUGGCGAAACGAUCGAGAAGGGUAACAAAAUUCUAGGGUUUAAGACAAACAAACGAAAAAAGAACGAAUUCUAGCGCGCCUACUGUGACAGUUAUGAAAACGAAGAAGAAGGUAGACCGGUUUGAGAUCACAGCAACCCGGUUCUUAUAUGCAAAAAAUAAGCACAAUUUUAAUCCGUCUUAUGAAAAUGGUCUUCUUUUCGGGGAUCCAAAUGGUGUAGUCGAUGGAAUAAGGCGAAAGGAGCUACUAAGUCACACUUCUCAAUUUCUAACUUCGAUCAAUUUAUGAAACUAAACUAACAAUCCUCUAAACUAGAAGACUCGAAGGAACUAGUCCUCAUAUCAUAACCUUUCUUAUGCUUUUAGAUGGAACUGUAGCCCUGCUUGUCUAUACUGUUGAUCUGUAAUACUUUGUUAUUAAUGGUGUAUAUCUGCAUUAGAAAUACCUUCAUUUAUUUUCUUAUACACAAAUCGUUCUCGACGCUGUUACGACAGAUGUAUAAAUAGUUUCGAAUACCGGAAGGAAUUCAUAAAGUACUCCCGGAAAGAGCUUCAGGAAGAAGCUCAGAAUGGGAAAUUCUUGAAAGAGUAUCGCAAAAAGACAUCCUUGGAGAAUCUUAGAAGCAAUUUCUUGAAGAAUCUCAAAAUGAAUUUCGGACCAGAUGCAAAUAACAAAACUAUUACAGAUUUUGUUAUUUUGCUACAAUAUUUUUCAGUAACAACGGUUGUUAUAAAACAGAUAGCAAAUAACAACAAUUCAAAACAUAAUCUGUAUGAAUGUACAAAAGUUUUUUUAUACAGAUUAAUCUGCACAUAUGACAUCAUUGAGUUCAGCUACCUAUUACAGAACAAAAUUGUUAUAAGCUUUUUUAUAAAUCUCUUGACUCGAUUGAUCGAAUUAACAAAUAUUAUUAUCUAACAAAUUUCAAUAUCGCUUUGCUACAGAAAAAUAGCAAACAUGCAUUACUAAAACGUGUAACUAAAUUAUGAUAUAUCAACAUGCAUAAUGUAACAAGUUUUGUUAUAAUUUUGUUAUUGAAAUAACAAAACUUUUUUUUGUUAUCAUAUUUCUCGAUGAAAAAUCCUUACCACAAAAAAAUAUCAACUUCGGUUAUUGCUAACAGUUAUCAUAGUGUUGCUAUAAUACUGUAAUGUGAUUAUGGCCGGACCAGGAAUACCAGUAGGAACUUCUAGCGGAAUGCCAGAAUGAGGAAUUCUCAAGUUUCAGCAGAGGUUUUUUUUCCUGGGAAUUUGUCUAAUUCUAAACUAAUUGAUCAAUAUUAGUUUUCUGAAAUUUUUCUGAAAAAAUAUGGAAUCUGUUUAAAAAAUUUCAACGAAGCUUUUCUUUGGAAAUUCUUAAAAGGGCUUCUUCACAUUUUCCACUAAUUACUUCAGGAAAUUCUUUCUAAAAAGCUUUGAUAACAAUUUUACUUUAAAAAUUUACUCGAACUUCUUUUUUCAAUUCUUUGAGAAUUCUUCUAAGGACUCAUCCUUAUUUAUUUCCUAAAAUUCCUUUAAGCAAAUCAUUACAAAGUUUUCUAAGGUUUGCUCAAGAAAAUGCACAGAGGAUGUCUCUUGAAUUGUUGGAUUAAUUUUAAGAAUUCUUCGCAAAUGUUAACACGUAUUUAAAAAAAAAAAAACAUCCGUAGAAUCAUCUGAAUACUAAUUAGAAAAUAGCAGCAGAUAUUUCCAAAUGAUUUGCCAGAAAAUUUCUUAACUGUAUCUUUUGCUUUUUCAACGUUUGUUUCACAAAAUCUGAUAAAAUUUCUCCAGAUUUUUAAAAGAAUCCUUGUGAAAGCUUGCCGAAUACUUGUCCAAGGAUUCUACUAAGAUUGUCCUAGUAUUAUUCCAAAGAUUCUUUCAUAAACUUUUCCAUGGAUUAUCCUAGACAGUGCUGAAAAUUUCAUUUCGUCAUAUCCAAAUUCAAAUACCUACAGCUCAUUUUAGAAGCUGAACCUGAGAAUAUGGUAUAUGAAAAACUUGUGCGGCUAGACCAGUUCUGCAAAAAAGUCACGAAAAAACCGCCAUUUUUAGAAUAUUUAAGGUAAAUGUCACGGACUACCUUUGAAAAAUGCCAAAUGAUAUUCAUCGUGAAUAUCAUUGGCAUUUUUCGAAGGUAGUUCAUAACAUUUACCUUGAAUAUUCGAAAAAUAGCAGUUUUUCCGUAACUUUCUUGUAGAACUGGUCUAGCCGCACAAGUUUUUCAUAUACCAUAUUCUCAGGUUCAGCUUCUAAAAUGAGCUGUGGGUGAUUGAAUUUAGAUAUGACGAAAUGAAUUUUUCAGCACUGAUCCUAGAAAUGCUCUAAAAAUGCAACAUAAGACCUUCUAUAAAUAUUUUUUUUUCGGAAAACCAAAAAAUGAUAAAAUGCUUCUAGUUUGAAUAAGAGUUAUGAAAUAAUUCUUAAAACGAUAUCAAAAAUAGUAAAAAGAUUAGGCUCAUUAUUUCUUUCUUUUUUUUUUUUUGGAAAUCUCUAAAGGUAUCGAAAAUAAAUCCAAUAGCUUCUAUAGGCAGACUAAUUCCUGAGCUUUUACAAAGAUUCUCCCAGAAAUUCUGAUGGUACUCCACAGAAGGAUACUUCAGAAACUGCUUCAUGAAUUUCAUAAAAUUUCACUAGAAAUAAUAACAAAUUUUCGUUUUCAAUCAUGAACUGCUUGAGUAAUAUCUUACGAGAUAGAAAACUCCGCGAGUUUUUCCAACUUUUUUAAAGGAAUUUCUUGGAUUUUGCGAUUUGAUCAGAAAUGCAUCUUCUACAAAAUAUUUCUUCGUGGAGGUUCUCCAACAAUACUUUCUUAUUUUUUUCGAAAAAUUCCACCAUGGAAUCGAUCACGAAUUUUCCUAGAAUAUUUACAGACAUGUUUCGGGUUUCUUUCAUUUAUCGGUUGAAGAUCACUGCGUCCAGAUUCUUGGACUGUUAUAAUGGCUUUAGGACAUUUGGUCGAAUGACAUUUGGUCGAAUGACGUUUGGUCGAAUGACAUUUGGUCGAAAGUACAUUUGGUCGAACGGACAUUUGGUCGAAUGGACAUUUGGUCGAAACCCAUUUUUUGGAAGAAGAAGCAUGUGACAUUUAGUCGAAUGGACAAUUCGUCGAAUGGACAUUUGGUCGAAAGGCACUAACUGAUGAAGAGUUUUGAAUGGAAAAUAAUUUUAUAGAUUUCGGUAUAAUAAUUUAUAUGUUACUGAACUUAUUCGGUUGAAAGUACGUUUGGUCGAAUGGACGCUAAGUCGUAUAGCAAUUUGAUCGUAUUUAAUUAUAUCAAACAUAAAAAGCAAACAUUGUAGUGCAGUGUAGGUUUCGGCUCUUCUUUCCAGUUUCACCAUUUCAUUGCGUUUUUGUGUAUAACAUACUGGCUUUUCCAUCAAAUAUUUUUCCUUCUUUUCAACAUACGCUGUUCUUUCAAGUGUAUUAUUUGUGCUGAGAGUGAAGAGUGGACAUUAUGGUUGUGAUUUUUUCAUCUAUGAUUUUUCCUUCUUUUGAACAUAGGCUAUUCUUUCAAAAUUCGUAUUUGUACUAUGUUUGAAUGUUAUGGCUGCUGUCAUUUUAUCAUGAAUUUUUCCUUCUUUGAAACAUAGACUAUUCUUUCACGUUUAUUUAUUUCAUUGCGUUUUUUUGUACCAACUACUGAAUGUUUCAGAAGCAAUUUCUCCUUUUGAAUACAAGCUGUUCUUCCGUUUGAUAUUUGGAUGUUAUAGCUGCAGACUUUUUCAUCGGAUAUUUUUCCUUCUUUUAAGGACAGAUUGGUUAGAAUCCAAAACUCGCGACUUCGAGCGUACACAUCUCUUCGUAAACAAAACCAGUGCACCUGAUCUUCUUGUUUCAAGCUUAUUAUAAGUGAGCGAAAACAGCAUUAUAAAAUGCACUGCCAAACUACAGUUUGCUUCUUGAGAAUUGUGCGUCUGAAGUUCUGAUGCACUGUUGAAGUGGGAUUUCAAGACGUUUGUCCUUAAACAUAGGCUAUUCUUUGACGCAGUGUUGCAUAUGAACUGAACGCGAGCCAAAAUGGUAUUUAUGCAACAAGUUGCAAAAUGAUAAUUUUUUUUUCAGCACGAGUCGUACAUUUAUUCAACGAGGCUUGCUUGUUCAAUAACAUAUAAAUAGUUAUGAUACCGAAAUCCAUAAUAUUAUUUUCCACUCACAUCUCUUUUCAUCAGUUAGUGCUUUUCGACCAAAUGUCCAUUCGACGAAUCGUUCAUUCGACUAAAUGUCAUAUGCUUCUUUUCCGAAAAAAUGGCUUUCGACCAAAUGUCCAUUCGACCAAAUGUCCGUUCGACCAAAUGUACUUUCGACCAAAUGUCAUUCGACCAAACGUCAUUCGACUAAAUGUCUUUCGACCAAAUGUCAUAGAUUCUUUCCAAGAAUUUCUUCUGAAUUUCUUACUAAAAAUUCACCUUGAACUCCGAGAGAAAAUUUUCUGGUUAUACUUCUAGGAAUACCCCAAAAUUUUCUUCAGGCUUUCUUCGAUUGAACAUUACUGAACUUCUUCCAUGAAUUCCACUAAAAUUCCUUCAAGAAUUCCUUCUCAAACUCUUCCAGGUUUUGUUUUUCAGAAACACCUAUAGCAACUUCUUUAAGCACUCCCAAGAUUUCUUUCCUAAAUUUUCGUAAGAAUUUCUCAAGUAAUUUUGCCAAGAAUCUUUCCAAUAAUUCAGACGUCAGUUCUCUGGAAAUUUCUUAAUUUUUUCCCAAAAUUUUAGCAGACAGUUUUCGAGUUGUUUUGAGAAUUUCAUCAAAUAUCGUUCAAGGAAUUCUUCCAAAAAUGUAUCAAAGAAAUCAUUCAAGAAUUCUCAGGGCUUCUUCCGGCAAUUUCUCAAGAAAUGUUUGCAAAAACUACCACUGGAAUUUCUUCAAAAAUUCACUCCAUUCUCCUGCAAUAAAUCUUUAUCAUUUCUCUAAGAAUACUUUCAAGAUUUCCUCCAGGACAUCCUCCAUUAAUUUCUACAGGACCCUUCGGAGAAUUCUUUGAAAAUUUCUCCAGAAAUUCCUCCCAGAAGCUCUUUCAGGAUUUUUUCCAAUAUUUUUUUUCAAGAAAAUCUUACAUGUUUUUAAGGCAUACUCCUAAAAAUUCCUCCAUGAAUUUUGCUAAGAUUUUUUUUUUGCAAAGACUUCACUUAUACUUUCAAAAGAAAUCUUUUUAAAUUCCUAGAAAUUUCUUUAGCAAUUUUUGCUUGAGUUCCUCCAGAGUUUUUUGCAGUCAUACUUCCUGGAAUUCUUUAAAGAAUUUCGCUAAUUUUUUUCCCAGAAAUUACAGAAAAAAUAUUUUUAAAAUCGCUUUUGUAAUUCUUACAGUACUGUUCUUACCUUAAAUCUCUACAAUCUUACUCUUUUUCCAAAACUCCACCUUACAAUUCUUCAAGAAAUUUCGCAUCCUAAAAACAUUUCUCUAUGGAGUUACUGCUGAAACUAUUCCAAAUAUUCACCCAGCAAUUCUUAGAUUUUAUCACUUGUUUUACCUGGAAUGAUUCUACGAAUUUGUCCAAUAAUUUUCCUAGAAAUUUUACAAGCAUUUUUCGAGUAAUUCCUCUAGUUGAUUAAAAAAUUUAACCACAAAUCUUUCUGGGAAAUUAUACAGGAAUUGUUCCAAGAAUUUAUUAAGGAAGUAAUCGUGGAAUUCCACGAAUUUAUUACAGAAAUUGCUUCAGGAAAUUCUACAGAAAUAAGGCUUAAUAUCUUGCAGGAUUUCAUAUUUAAAAUCUUCCUGGAGUACACAAUUCCAUGAAUUCUUCCGAGAAUUGCUCAAAAUAUCUAAGAAGAAACUCCCUUAUGGUUUCUUUCAGGAAUUCUUUCACGAUCUUCAUCUAGAAAUGUUCUAUGAAUUCCUCCAGCAUUUUUUCCAAGAAUUACUUUUGGAAUUCCAACAGAAAUUUCAACUCAAACUACUACUGCAAUUUCUCAAGAAAUACUUUCAAGAUUGCUUGCAGGACUUUUUCCAUUUAUUUCUGCAGGACUUCUUCCGAAAAUUCCACCAAAUUUUCACCAGGAAUUCCUGUAGAAAACUCUUCUUAGAAUUUCUUCUAAAGUGUUUCCACAAAUUCCUUCAGGAGCUUUUUUAGUCAUACCCUCAAGCGUUCUUCCGAAAAUUUCUCCAAGAAAUCUGCCAUGACUUCUACCAGGAAUCUCUCCAAUAAUUCCUGCCUAAAUUUCCCGGAAAUUUCUUCAUCGUUUUUUUUUUCUAAAAAUUCCUCAAAGGUUCUUUUAAGUUUUUUUUCUAGAAAUGAUUUCAAUAAUUCCAGGAGUUGCUCCACGAAGUCUUCCAAGAACCUCAAUAAAACAUAUUUUCAAAUCGCUUUUGAAAUAAUCACAGAAUUUUUACCUGAAAUUUCUUCAAUGUUUAUCCAAUAUAUUUUGAAGGUUCCUCCCAAAACUUCUUCCAAAAAUUCAUCCAGUAUGUAACCCGAAAUUCUUUCAAAGUUUUCUUCAGUUAAAUUUUUCAAUAACUUCUUCAGGACUUUUCUAGGCAUCUCCGAGAACUUUUUCAUGCAUACUUUCAAGAAUUCUUCCAUGAAUUUUUCUAUCAAAUUCUCCAGAAAUUCUGCAAACACUUCCACCAAGAAUCUUUCCAAAAUAUCCUGCGAAGUUUCCUGAAAUUUUCUGUACCAGGUUUCCAAAAAAAAACCUUCUAAGGGUUCUUUAAAAAAAAUCCUCCAAAACUUUUACCUUUAAUUUCCACAAUAUUUCUCCAGUGAUGCUUCCAGGAUUAUUUUGAAGAUCAUUUCUAAAACCUCUUCCAACUUCAUCAAGUAGGUUUUCCGGAUUUCUUUCAGAUUUUUUUCAGGAAAUAUUGUAUAAAUUCCGCCAGGAGUUCUUCCAAAAUUAACAACGAAUUUCUAUAACAUUUUUUUUUAAAUUCCAACAAAAAUGUUAAAAUUCUUCAGGAAAUCCUUAAAUCAUUUUUCUAGGCAUACUUCCAUCAGGACUUCUUCCAUUGAUUUCUACCGAACCGAACUUCUUCCGAAAACUCCUCAAACAUUUCUUCAGGAAUUCUUCCAGAAACUGUUUUGGGAGUUUCUUCAUAAAUUCUUUUGGAAAUACAUCCAGGAGCUUGUUUAUGUAAACCCUUUAGAAUUCUUUUUAUUCUUAAAAUCUCCAGAAAUUCUGCCAUCAGAAACCUUUUCAAUAAUUCCCGCUUAAUUGUUCUGAAUAUUCCAAUAGAAAGUUUACGAGUUAUUUCUCUAAGAAUCCUUAGAUGCUUCUAGGAAUUCUUUUCAGAAUUUCUCAAGGAUUUUUUCCAGGAAUUCAUCCACGAAGCCUUCCAAGGGCUUCCGAAAAAAAUAUGAUUAAAAUCGAUUCUGAAAUACCUACAGAGUCUCUACCUUAAAUUUCUACAGUACUUCUCCAGUGAAUUUCACAGAAAUACUUUAAAUGUUCCUUCCAAAAUCACUUCCAAAAGAUCAUCAACCAUUUUUUUCCGGAAGUUCCCCGAGAAAUCUUACACGAUUUCCUCUAAUAAUUCUUUCGGAAUCCCCUUUCAGAUUUUUUCCAGGUAAAUUAAAUUCUUACAAAAACUCAUUCAGGGACGCUCCAGAAAUUCUUCAAGGAUCUCCAACAGGAUAUUUUAAAAGAAUUCAGAUGCGGUUUACAAUAGUUCUAAAUGAAAUGCUUCCAGCAGUUCUUCCGUGAUUUUUUUUUCAAAAUUCAUCCAGGAGUUGUAGAUUUUUUACAAAAAUUCUCCUAAGAAAAAAACCUAAUAUCAGGUAUUCAUUUAGAAAUUUUCCUUCGAAUUUCUUUAAAAAUUGUAACAGGAUUUCUAAAAGAAGCUUUUCCGAAAAAGUUUUCUUGAAUUCUGAACGGAAUUACGUCGCUCCCCAUACACAUUUCGUUCCAACAAAUUCCAGAAAUUCCUCUAAGGAUUGUUUCAGGAAUUCCUAAGGGAAUUCUUUCAAAAAAUUAUCUAGCAAUUCAAUCCAACAAAUUUUUUAAUAUCGAUGCUGGAAUUCCUACAAAAUUUUAACUUUAUUUCUCCAGUGAUUCUCUCAAGAAUAUUUUAAAGGUACCAUCCCAAAACUACUUCCGAAAGGUUAUUCAGAUUUUUCCCCGGAGAGCCUGCGAGAAUAAUACUUGUGAUUCCACCUGGAAAUUCCAAGAAUUCUUUCAGAAAUUGUUCCAGGAAGUCUUUCCGGAAUUCUCCAGAAAUUCCACAAUAAUUCUCAGGCGUUCGAGGAUAGUUAUUGCAGAAAUUCAUCCAGGAGUUAUUCCAUGAAUUCCUUCAAAAACGCAUCCAAGAAUUAUCGUUUUUUUUUAAGAAUUUUCCUAAAAUAAAAACUCUAGAAAAAGAACUGUAUCUCAGGCAUUUCUCAAGGAAUUUUCCUGAGAGUUUCUUUGAAAAUUGUCACACACAUUCUACCAAGAGUUUUUCCAUGAAUGUUUCGUUGAAUUCUGAACAGAAUUGUAUCAUGAAUUUCUUAUUUGUUUUGGUCGUGAGUUUAUCCAGAAAUUCUUCUAAAACUCUCCUUCAACAUUCUUCUAAAAUAGACCAUUUCUUUUUUUUUAAUCCUUAAAAAAAAUUCAGAAAUGCUAUGAUAAACUUUUCCAGGACAUGCUCAAAAAAAAAAAACUCAAACGCAAACAUUCUCCAAAUUUCUACGGAAGUUAUAAAGUGAAUUCCUGUUGAAAUAUUUUCCAACAUUUCUCCAGAAACAAAGUUUUUGUAAUUGUUUUGAUGACUUCAAUAUGAUCAAAUGGUUUCAAUUUUCCUUAGUACCAAUUUCACUGAUUUUGCCGUGUUUUAAAAAGUUGAAAACGAUUCGUUUUUAUUAUUGUAUAUAUUGCAGUUUCUGUCAAGGGCGCUUACCUUCCCCUUAAAACUCCUCUUCUGUAGAUAGACUCUUUUCAAAUUUGUUCUCUAAUCUUCGAAUCAUGAAUCUAUCAAUUCAAACAAACAAAAAAAAAACGUCAGAACUCAAUGAUACAAUAAACACAUUCUCAGGCCCAUCAGCUAGCGAACACAGAGUCGAACGAUAGAGCAAAACAAAACUAGAUAAAAAUGUGCUUCACACAUUGAAACCAGAUAGGAACGAUGUUGCAAUUACCAGAUAAGUUGAAACGUUGAUGAAGUUAUGAUAAGUCAUAAAAACAAAAUUGAUAAAAGAACAAAUGUUAGAUUAGACCAAUAAAGUAAUAAAAUAAAUUACCAAAUGCAACCUUAUAUGUUUGAGGUGGCCUACGCAAAAAAAUACUGAAUUAUGGCUACAUCUUCAGGAAAAAAAAAAACAAACAGAGGCGUUUCAUGUUAACCUUAGUUCAGCUGAAUACAACUCGGUGAAACAAUAACUAGGAAAUUCAAUUCAAAACUUACGAAACUCAAGCUCUCGUGAGAACCCCGUGCCAAAAAAAGAAACACAUUAUAAAAAGAGCCUGUUUUAAUCUUCCCACGGGUGAGAAGUAAUGUCAAAACUGCAUAAACCUGAAAUAUUUUUAAAAGCGAAAAGAGAAUAUAAAUAAAAUCCCAUUUUCCUACAAAACCCACAAACAUAUGAUAAUGUUGAUGUUAACUCGUGUCUAAGGAAACUACAAAACUCUUUCUCUAUUUGUAACAUAAACUUAAAAAGAAACUGUUGAUCAAUUUUCAAAUUCUAUCUCUCUCUAUAAAAGAAGCAAAACACAAACACACAUUUACCGAAACUGUAUUAACUGUUACUCGUUCUCCAAAGCGAACCGAUAAUAUAUGUACCGUUGCUCUAGCUACUACUAUCCACUAACACUUUUCUAUAUCUCCCUAUAACGUUUAAGGUCGAAAAACAACAACAAAAGGAACCGUUUAGGCUAGGAUGAUGAAUGGAUUAAGAAGAGUGGUUAUUACAGAGAGUUUUUGUACCUUUUCACUUCUUCCGAUCAGGUCAUGCGCGAACGCAGGGUGAGAAUUUCAUUGCGAUCGAACAGCGAAUUUCAAACAGGUUUCCACCUAUUGGCGUUCUUGAUGCAGUUUGAAAUUCCACCUCAACUAGUAGUUAGAUUACUACAAGUGAGUACUAUGGAAAACCACUGAAAAAUUUGAAUCCAACUAUUUCAUUUUUUUAAAAACUAUGACUCCAAAAGAAAAACUGAACGAAGGAAUGUUGUUGAAACUGUUUUAACAAGAAAUCCGGCCAUAUUGAUUAAGAAAAUUAACUGCAUUCGGUAUAAGUCUAAGUAGAUGUUUAUAUUUCAUAAAUAAUCAGUUUGCACAUUUCAAAAGCUCUGCAUUAGCGCUGAUAUGUGGCUAAGUGUUAACUAAUUUUCAACGAACAAAUCUAAAUUCAAUCAUUAACUUCGUCACUAUAUUUCAGGACUAUAGUACAUAACUAAUGUUUCAUAUAUUUUCAAUCCCAUAACAAUAAGUAUUGUCAAUGCACUUUGUUUCUGUAAAAAUAUAUGGGUGUGAAUGUGAAGAAAAUAACAAAUUGUUAACUGGUGAAGACAGAUGAAAUAUAUAUGACGCGAUGCA